AUGUCUACCCCAGCCAAACCUAUCUCUAUUGCCCCGAGAACAUUAAGUGUCACCGUGCAAGACUAUAUGAAUGCGUCGGUAGGGCAGCAAUAUUGGAUCGGACAGGAUAUUGUAUGGAAGAAUUUUCUCCAAGCUCGAAAUACAUUUAUUCGGGAGCAAUUAGAACGAGAAGGGUUAUCGCCAAAACAAUUUAAGGACCUAAGUGCAGUGCAGAAGCGUUAUCGUACAAGCCAGUUAGAUCGUGUCUUCGCUGCCGAAUUCUUCGAGCAUACUCGCGAUGGCGGGUGGAUGCAGGACGCUGUUGGUAAUAACAAGAGUUGGAUAUAUAUUCAUGGUAUGAGCGCAUGGCAUGUUAAAUCGGCCCUCCAUGCCCUGGUCAAUAGUAGCGGAGGAUCACCUGCAGAUUCGACGGCUACGCCUACCGAAUCGGCUUCGUCCUCCCAGCCCGCCGAUACCGUCUCCGCUGCCGCCACAGAUGUCGAUCAAUAG